AUGGUAUACGAUACUGACAAUGCCAAUCAGAAGGAAAAGUUUGAGGCCGACUUGAAGAAAGAGAUUAAGAAACUUCACGGAGUUGUGGGUCGAUUUGUGCGGAUAGAGGUCGAUUUAAGCGAUGUUAUUCCUCUUGGGGUUGUCGUUCAGUCUUCGUCUACUAUCUACCAUGCCCAACGAAAGCCAAGUGCUACUGGAGCUGUUGUGUUAGGAAUCGGGAAAAUGGACUGGAAAUUGGAGCGUUUUAAUAAAGCUAGGAAACCUAAUCGGGGUGAUUCUCUUCUCAAAACUCCUAUGGAUGCUGAGGAUUACUAUGUGUAUGAUGUUACAAAACAAGAGAGGGAGGAUGUAUCGGAAUCUGAUGGUGUGUGGGAAUCCGAUUCCAGUGCUUCUAGGGUUGCUUGUCAAGCUUCGAUCAAGGGUUCUAGUUCCUAUGUUAUGGAUGAAGCGAGCAAGGAUUUUCCUCCGAGACUCAAAAACAUGGAGUUGUAG